GUGAUACAUCAGUUCAUGUUCUUAUUAAACAUACCCCUUUUAAAUCUUGUGAUGUACAGUCGGUCAAAUAAAAGAGCGGUUGCAGAAGCUGGCGGGGUUCAGGUUGUGCUGGAUUUAAUUGCUUCAAGUGGGGGUGAUACAUCAGUUCAGGCGGCUAUGUUUAUUAAACUUCUUUUCUCUAACAAUGCCGUCCAGGAGUAUGCCUCCAUUGAAACUGUCAGAUCUAUAACUGCUGCUGUUGAAAAGGACUUAUGGGCCAAUGGAACUGUGAAUGAAGGUUAUCUGAAAGCUCUAAAUGCACUUUUUGGGAACUUCCCACGUUUGAGAGCCACCGAACCUGCAACACAGAGCAUCCCACACUUAGUCACAUCCCUCAAGACUGGCCCAGAACCAACUCAAGAAGCUGCAUUAGAUGCACUAUUUCUUCUCAGGCAAGCUUGGUCUGCUUGCCCACCUGAAGUCUCUAGUGCCCAAUCAACUGCUGCUGCUGAUGCAAUACAGUUCUUGCAGCACUUGAUCCAGUCAGGUCCUCCUAGAUUUCACGAGAAGGCUGAAUUCUUGCUGCAGUGUUUGCCUGGGAUAUUAACAGUUGUGAUUAAGCGUGGCAACGAUUUGAAACAGUCUGUUGGAAACCCUAGUGUUUACUGCAAGCUUACACUUGGCAAUACCCCUUCAAGGCAAACCAAGAUUGUAUCAACUGGGCCAAAUCCCGAGUGGGAUGAGAGCUUCAUGUGGUCCUUUGAAAGUCCCCCCAAAGGCCAGAAGCUACAUAUCUCGUGCAAGAAUAAAAGCAAGAUGGGAAAAAAAUCAUUUGGAAAAGUGACCAUCCAGAUCGACCGUGUUGUCAUGAUGGGGGCAGUAGCUGGUGAAUAUGCUUUGCUGCCACAAAGCAAAAGUGGGGCCCAAAGGAAUCUCGAAAUUGAAAUUAUAUGGUCAAAUGCAGUAUCCAACUCAAGUACAUAGUCUGCUAAAAAGUCACACGCCCAAUUCUCUCUUGGUACAGAAUCAAGAAUAAUACCGAGUUUGUUGCCAUCCCUUAUAUAACAGAAGAGCACCUCACAUGUUUCUUUUCAUUUUGAAAGUUAAUUACGACAAAUAGUAUAUAAUAUAGUUAUUAUUUAGUCCAUUCUUUUGUAGAAUCGAAAGUAUAGCCACGCGAUUUACACCCAACUUUCUUGUACCCGUUUGUGUUGUUUGUCUGUAAAAUAUUUGUAGCUUUUGUACUUCGAGAUGCUGCAGCUAAUUCUUUGUCUGGUUACACAACAAUUGCCUUGUAUCUGGAACACUUGACUAGUUUCUUGUUAAAAUUAUCUAUCAAACAGUUUUUUGGGUUGUGUUCA